AUGCCAAUCCAAGGUUUGAACUUGGAACCCCGUGAAGACACAAGCGUGUCCCUGGAGCAGAACCAUACGGCGGACAUUAUUGUACCGUCUGUCGCCAGUGAUGAAGAGUUCCGGGUCCUAGGAUACCUUCCCGACUAUCAGAAUAUAUCGAUAGGAUCUCCUGGGCUUGAAGGCUCCAUCGCAAUUUCAAAUAAACCUCAGGGCCCUAUGUCACUUGAAAUGGGAGAUGUUUUGCGUUCGAUUCCCCCCAAACCCUAUGCAGAUGCCCUCGUGCAGAACUUCCUUGAUGAUGUAAAUUAUCACUAUUACUCCCUCUACCCACCGGCAUUCUCGCAGGACUAUGCCGUUUGGUGGGCUGGCAAAUCUAGCGGCCAACCACUUACCCCAGAAUUUACUUGUCUUCUACUACGUGUCUGCGCUUGUUCUUUGGCUUUUCUUGACGCCAAAGCAUGCCAAAAACUCGAGACAGAUCUGGGCGAAUCGACUCGAAGCCUCUCAGAGCGUUACCAUCUUGCUGCUCAGCGACUAAGCAACACCAUACUUCCUGGCCAGGGUGGCUUGAUACAAGUUCAGCAGCUGUUUCUCACGGCAUUCUGGUUCAAGACGGAAGCUCGCUUCAUUGAGUCCUGGCAUGCAUUGAGCUCUACCAUUCAUGAAGCUCAAGAGUUAGGUAUGCACAAGGGGUCCUUCAAAUCUGGUAUAUCCGAGUUUGAUCAGGAGAUGAGGAAGCGAAUAUGGUGCCUUCUAUAUUGUUGGGAUUGGCAAUUUGCUAUAUUCUUAUCCCGGCCGUGUAUCAUUCACAGUGCCUACUGUUCCUUUGAGCUACCGAACAUGCGACUAGAAUGCUCCGAGGAACAAUUGGAAUUACCGUCUCCAAUAACACACGUGCUCUUCCAGGCCCAAUUAGGUCGGGCUUUGUCGCACAUACCCGGGGUUAUUGGGGGGACUGUGCCCUCGGCUCAUGCGGCCACUGUUCAGCAGGAAGUAGAGAAAUGGUUUGCUUCAUUCCCCCCGGCCUAUAGGAUUACGAACCCAGAUUCCCAGUGGGAUACGGAUUACCGCUAUGUAACCUUACAGCGCCACCAACUACAUGCAAUAGGCUACAUGACGAGGCUUAUACCACUAAAAACGUACCUUACCAAGUGCGAAACAGACAUUCCCGAUAAUGAAAAGAUCUUCCAAUCGACUGCUGUCGAGUGCUCUCUCAAAUUGAUGGAAACUUCGCACAAACUGCUGGAAUGCAUACUCCCUGCAAAUGCAAAAUUUCACUAUGCCACAUUUAUGAUAUUUGACACGGCCGCCUUCCUAUGUUCCGCCAUACUCCAUGACAGAAACCGCAAUCUUCCACAACGUGGUGAUGUCAUUGAAACAAUAAGACUGGCCCUCAAUGUAAUAGAAAUGCUUCGUCCUCUCACGAAAACCGCUGCAUUAUGCUAUCCAGUUCUUGCUAAGAUUGCUGCUACCAUUCCCUUACCCUCAGAACGAGUUACGCAGGACUCUAAACCCCCCGAAAGCUCAAACGGAGGAUCGAAAACACCCAGUCAAUCGCGAAAAGACUUGGACGAAUAUCCCGCGAAUGCAGCGAAUAUUGCCGAUGAAGCCAAUUCCCCCGGUCUUUCUGGUGCUGGGAUAUAUGGCCCUAUACCGCUAGAGCUUCCUACAUCGGCGAUGGUACCGCUGCCAACGUCAGGACUUGGUGAUCUUUCAAGUCUAGAUUUGGGCGAGCUAAGUCGGAUUUGGGAUUGGGAAACGCUUGAUCUCGAUUUAUCAUCGAUGCCACCGGCUUUCUAA